AUGGAUGACGAGAUCAAAUUCUUGCGAAGACCCGUGGACACGCUCCGACUCGGCCUCGCCGCCGCGCGCGACGUCGGCGCGUCGUCCGCGAAGCACCCCGUGCAGGUGAUGCAAGAGGAACGCGCGAGCGGCGCGGAGUACGCGAAGAAGUUAGAGACGAUGGCGCGCGCGCACGGAGGCGCGAUCCCGGCCAAGUUGGACGCCGAGCGACAGAUUUUGACCGACGUCGAGCGCCUCCCGGGACCGGUGCCGAGCAAACGAUUAGGGUUACAGAUUCUCACCGGCGACAUCGAUCGAUUCGGGUUCGAGGAUUACCUCAAUCCCGAGGACAUGCGCACGGAAGGCCCGCGCUCGGACGCGCACGCCGUCAUGGAGGCCAAGCUCGGCUUGGGCCCGAGCGUCGGUCGGUUUUAG